GGUGUAGGGAAAAGUGCAUUGACGAUACAACUUAUUCAAAACCAUUUUGUAGAUGAAUAUGACCCUACAAUAGAGGAUUCAUAUAGGAAGCAAGUCGUCAUAGAUGGAGAGACGUGUCUACUCGACAUACUUGAUACAGCUGGUCAAGAGGAAUACAGUGCUAUGAGGGACCAAUACAUGAGAACGGGGGAAGGUUUCCUGUGUGUGUUUGCGAUCAACAACGAGAAAUCCUUCGAGGAUGUCAAUCUCUACAGAGAACAGAUUAAGAGAGUGAAAGACGCUGAGGAGGUCCCUAUGGUCUUGGUCGGAAACAAGAUAGAUCUGCCAAACUGGGCAGUAAACACAAAACAAGGAAUGACGUUAGCUAAGAGUUAUGGAAUACCUUAUAUUGAAACGUCAGCUAAGACCAGACAAGGAGUAGACGAUGCCUUCUACACACUCGUCAGGGAAAUACGGAAGGAUAAAGACCGAAAGAACGCUUCAAAUAAGAAAGGGAAGAGCAAGAAACGAAGUUGCAUCUUAUUCUAAGAUUGAUCAAAUAUAGCAUGUUUUUACUCUCUUGUCUUUUACUGUCAGAUUGUUUGUCACAAGAUGAACGUAUUCUUAAAAUAUAUGUAUAGAGUGUAUACAAUCAUGUUAUGUGUCGAGAGUUCCACAGGGAUGUGUCUUGGGACCAUUACUGUUUAAAGCCUUUUCUCCGGGACUUUGCUGCCAUUUGAGUGACUAGACACGAAUGCCUCACAUGGAAUUCAUGGAUGAUAUUGAUGAUGAUGAGGAGGAGGAGGAAACCAUAGCAACGGUGUAUAAAGAAUUAUAUUGUACAGCUAGCAAUCUUCAAUGGAUAGUAAAAAGACGAGUCUAAUUAUAGGGUGGACCAAAGUGGUGGACUCUAACAAGAUGUUCUUGAUUCAAGCACAUUUUGUCUUUUUACAAGUAUGCUUCGAGUUGAGGUCAUCGCUUUCUACUGAAAAUAGACACUUUAGAUAUAUUUUACACUUGUGUAUUGUUAGUCAAAAUGAAUUAUUGUUGUUCAGUGUCAUUUCUUGAUUUUUUUUUUACACCAAGCCUCAGAACUCUGGCGUAUAUGUAAGUCCUGUGAUCUACUUUCAUCGCAUCUCUAUGGUUCAAACUUUGGAUAUUCUUUGAUUUUCUAAGCAUGCAAGUGCGACAGGGUCCCGUUGCAUGUAAGUUAACCCUAAUUCUCCCGGGGGGGGGGGGCCAUUAUGGCCCCCCCUCUCGACAAUUUUCGCGAUAUAUCUGCUGCGCAAAAUUUUUUGACCUCGCCACUCACUGACUUUACUUUCAAGUCUCGCGCAAAUUUUGAGACAAAAUUUGUGACGCCCGGGUACGCGGUCACGACAUUACGCAACAUUAUGUAAGUGCAUGUCAGACCCCAAAUUGCUCAUAAACGUGAUUUCAUGUACAAAACCAAUGCAGAUUGUGUAUUAGCCAAAAUUCAUAAAUGUAUCAUUAUUUCUACUUUUACUGAUUAAACUUAAUUAAUUUUGCCUUGUUUAUGAUCAGAAUUGAGUCUGGAACGAUUUCCAUCGAAAAACAAUAAAAAUACAAAAAGUAAAAAAACUAAGAAAUACAUAAGAAAUAAAAAAAACAAUAAAAUACAUAAGAAAUCAGUCUUGGUACCAGAAUUUUUUUCAUUCACAAUUCUUAGGACUGCUAUAAAGAAUAUUUUCACCCAAAAAUAGCAUUCUAGGAGCUUUAUUUAGUGAAUCAGAGCAAAAAGUAUGAUUUCAUGAAUAAAUUAGCAUAAUUCAUAUAAAAUAUAUAGAUAUGUAGAUUACGUCAUUCUCUACCACCAUGCGAAUUUUCGUUGUGAUCGAAUCUGCGGCUGAGAUCUUAAGGGAAUGACAAGAAUCAAAAUACCCCGGGAGAUUUAGGGUUAAUAUGUUGUAACUUUGCCAUCCACAGCAGCCAAUGAAAAUCACAGAUUCCAGGGAAGUUACCAUUGGAUGGCAGAGUAACGUUUAUGCACCGGGGCCCAGGUGGGUGUUUCAUAAAGCUGUUCGUAAGUUAAGAACGACUGGUGAUCCUUUCUUUUGGUAAAUGGUAUACACCAUUGGCGAUGGUUUAGCGUGUAAGAAAAGUUCACCAGUCGUUCUUAAAGUCGCUCUUAACUUACGAACAGCUAUAUGAAACGGCCCCCAGGUAUGCAUUUUUCUUCAAGCACUUCAUGCUUCUAGUAUGCUUGAGGAGGUUUUUACCGCACCCUUGCUUAAAACGGCUGCAAUCAAGGGCUACAUCAUGUAAUCGUAUACAGAAGCUUAAAGAAUAGAAAUGUAAAUGUCGCAUAUUUAGUAAUUGUUUACAGAUUUUUCCAGCAUAAAGGGGCUUUGACGUGCUUAUGGUACUUACAGAUGAAGAUAAUGAUGUUAGAAAUGGGGCAUUUGUGCUUUUUACAUUGUUAAAUCUAUUAUGUUAACAAGAAUGAGGGAAUUAAUCUGUCUACUGUUUAUUUUUGUUUUUAUAUGGUUUAAUGAACUCUAUGCCUUAUUGUAUCUCUAUUGCUUUUUUAUUCGCAAAAGGCUGCUAUAUUAAGUUUUUGUUAAAAUUUAGCCUCUUAGUAUACCGACCACCCACUGUAACUGUUAGUUUUACUAACAGAGGGCGACAUUUAGCAAUAAGCCAGUUCGUAGUACCAAUCCGUGCAUGAUCAGAGGAAGGUCAUUGGUACCAGUCCUGAUUGGUACUAAAGUGACAUGGUUGUUUAAAAUUUAAUGAGAUAAGCACCAACUUUGAUGUAUUGAUUAUUCAUAUAUUCUUUUGAAUGGUGUUUUUCAUUUACAUCCACAAAAACAAAAAAUGUGUAUUUCACAGUUUGCCAUUGUACAGCAUGCUAUAAUGUGCAUUAAAAAUGCACCAAAAACCUUCAUAGAGUGUUUAUUGAUGUGCUAUUCUAGUCAUCUGGUCUAUUCAAUUUCUUCAUCCUGCUAUGUAAGGCAUGCUUACGUAAUAUCUUUUUUGAAAUCCGCCUAUCAUAAUGAAAGAACUGAAAGAUAAUUUGACCAGAAUUGUCCAUGAACUAACUACGAACGGGUUUAUUGUGAAGAAUCAAACAUUGUAAGGCAAAAUACCCUAACAUGCACAACUUUGCUUGAGAAGUGUAGUAUUGAGGUAUUCUACCUGUGUGUGGGAAAUGUCACCCUCGCUCUUCAAACAUUAGAUAGUCGGGAAGAGAAUUCAUGCAAUUUGUCCAUGUAUGUUAUAAUUUGCUGAUGCCAGCAUUGUUAACAGGUAAUGAUUGCAUUGAAGUUACGUCACUCGAGCCAGGCAACUUGCUGGCCCAGCGGUCAUGGAGUUGAGGUGAAUCUAUCAUAUCAACACACUCUGUACAUACUGUGAACAUCAUGCUGUGUACACACCGUCAAUACGCUGUGAACACACUGGGACCACAUUGUGAACCUACAGUGAACACACACUAAGCACAUUGUGAACAUACUGAAGACACUGUGGACACAUUGAGAACACACUGUAAUCUCACUGUGAACAUGCUAGGGCCACACUGUGAACACACUGGGACACCACUGUGAUCUCACUGAACACACUGGGACCACACUGUGAUCUCACUGUGAACUCACUGGGAGCCUAAAGUGAAUACAAACUGAGCACAUUGUGAACAUACUGAAGAGAUUGUGAACACACUGGGACCACACCAUGAUUUCACUGUGAACACACUUGGAGCCUACAGUGAACACACACUCAACACAUUGUGAACAUACUGAAGACACUGUGAACACAUUGAGAACACAUGUGAUCUUACUGUGAACACACUGGGACCACACUGUGAACACACUGGGACACCACUGUUAUCUCACUGUGAACACAAUGGGACACCACUGUGAUCUCACUAGGACCACACUCUGAACACACUGGGACACCACUGUUAUCUCACUGUGAACACACUGGGACCACACUGGGACACCACUGUGAUCUCACUGUGAACACACUAGGACCACACUCUGAAUACACUGGGACACCACUGUGAUCUCACUGUGAACACACUGGGACCACACUGAUCUCACUGGGACCACACUGUGAACUCGCUUUGAACCAAUACUCUGUGAACACACUAUAGUCUUUCCAGCAGGGGCAUAACUUAGUUUGUCAUAAAAUACUUCCACUGGCUCAUGACCUAUGAUUGGUUUAUACCCAUCAUUCUCAAACCCCCUAAAUGUCAUGUGAUUCCUCAUGAAAAGCAUAUGAUGGAUUCUUUUUUAUCAGUUGUAUUAAACAAAAAAAUAUAUAUAAUGUAUUUGAAGUUUAUUGUCACAUCUUCAUUAUUAAUGUACUUGAUUUAAUUUUGAUAUUGUAUCGUCAAAUGAAUUAUAUUGAUAUCAAUCAGCUGUUCUUUUAAAUUUUUCUAUUUUGUAUCAAAUUUAUCUAGUAACUUGUGUGAAAGGUUGUUGGUGCCUCAGGCACCCUUGCUCAUUUUUUUUUUUAUAUAAGAAGGAAACUUCAUUGCUUCACUGGUGAGAACUUAAAUUCAAUAUCUAGAUUCAUUCUUUAUCAAUCUUUUGAGGUAAAAGGGAACAAACAACCAUUGUCACCAAUAUUGAGAAAAAAAUGAUAAAUUUUUAGGCUUAUGAUAAUUAAUUCUUAUUAAUCUGGACUUGGUAACCCUGAGUCACAAGGAUUAAGGGGAUCUUUUCACUUUGUGAGCAGCUGAUUUAAAAAAAAUCAAACCAAGAUAAAACGUGUAUGAGUGCUUGUAUUUGUCCUUAAAAAACCUGAAACAGACCACAAUAUAGGAUGAAAAAUUCCAAUUUAGACAGGAGUAGCAAUUGAUUAGCCUGAUUUUGAGAACCUUCUGUAAGACGCUUUCAGCUUUUGCCCAGUUUUCUCAAAUUCCAAAAGUCUGUUGGCUGUGUUGACUGCCUUCUGUUGUGUGUAUCACCUAUGCACACACUAUUGUUAGCUGCACUGUAUUCGCUGUAUACACAUAGUCAUUGAAACCAACCCCCAAUUAUUUUCAAACUUUGGUUUACAUCUCCGAAGUUUUAAAAUAGCUCCUGUAUAUAUAUGAUACUUUGCAACUUUUGGGGUGGUAUUUUUACCCCGGAUUUUUACACUACAAGCCUAAUGUGUAGCCCAUUUUCAAGAACCAAAAUGAGACUGUUUUAAAUCAGAACAAAGUGAAACGAUCACUUUAAGACAAAUGUCAAGAAAAUACAUUGCCAAUUUGACAAAGAAAUAGCGAUCAGAUUGGGCUUUGGAUAAUUAAAUCUAAGCAAUCAUGUCACAAUUUUUAGGCACAAAUAUCUUAAUGCUAAAUGGAAGGAAGAAAAUGAUAUUGUUGCUUGAAGAAGUAACGUUGAUUAAAUAUUUUUUUUAAAAGGUUAAUUUUCCUAUAUGGAUCAAAGAUCUGUGCACCCAAGCAACCACAGGUCCUCAGUUGGUAGGUUAUAUGAUAUAAUUGUGUGUUUGUAAUUACUGCCAAAGUGGCAUGUCUAUUGUACAAAGUUCAGGAAGGAGGGAACAUCGGGAUGAGGGGCAGUUUGCUCCGGGGGGAAGUUCCCUCUCCUUUCUUUUUCAUUACGCUUGUGGCUCAUUCAUACUUGUUUAUCGAAAAUGGCACGUGGAGGUGAGCAGUGUACAUUUUCUGUGUUUUAUAAUCAAUGUAUUGUCAUUUAUCAUUUAUGAUUUCUCAUUUCUCGUUUAAAAAUAAAAUGCAUUUUCAAGUGUACAAAUAAUACACAUCUGCAGGGUCAUUAGUGCGAUUACACAUCCAAGGAACAGUUCUAGGUCUUUCUAUAAACCAAUCAGAUAGAAGGAUUUCAGUAGCUUUUAACGGAUAUCGCCAAUUUGUUAGUGUUACAAGUUUUAUGAACCGGGCCCCCUGGACUGUUUCAAAGGUAACAAGUGUGUGUGUGAUAAUUCUAAUGCCCCUGCAAAAUGCUGUGUAUUAUUUGUUUUAUAAGAUGGUGAUGCGGAUCCUAGUUGUUGAUGAAUUGUCUCCAUGCAUAAGCCGUCCUCAUCUCAAAAGCAACCAGACAAUAGAAUGGUUUAAUUCCAAUUCGUCCAAUUGCCAACUCGUCUACUAUCAUUUGGUCUACCAUCAGUUCGUCCACUCACCACAUUUAUCUACUUUCAUCUUAUGCCAUUCCGUCUAAUAACCAGUUGGUCCAAUAGCCAUUUAGUCCAUAGGGUUUGGUCUAAUUGGAAUAAGUGUUAAAUUGUGCAAAAGGAAUGAAUUUGAAGUGGAAAUUAGACCAACUUGUUGCGAGACGAAAUGGUCAUAGACGAAAUGGUGAUUAGACGAAGUGAUGAUUGGACCAAAUGGUUAUUAGACAAAAUGUUGGACGGAAUGGCAUCAGACUAAAUGAAAGCAGACCAUGUGGUGAGUGGAUGAGUUGGCAAUAGACAAAUUAACCAAUAAAACUAAUCAUUAGACCAGUCAGGUAGCAAAGUUCCUCUUGGCUUAAAAUAAAUGUGAUGGGUUUCAUUUGAUUAGGAUGAUAUCCUUAAACAGAGCUGACAAGUAGUACGAUUUUUCCGUAUUUAGUACGUUUUUGCAACCAAAAUACGGCAGUACGUUUUUUCUUAAAAAAAUACGUUUUUUGUAUUAAAAAAAAAAUUUACAAAAUCGAAAUUUAUUGAGAAAAAUCAUCUCUAUAUGUCUCUAUUUCAUGAAACGUACACAAAUAUGGUUAUUAGAUCAAUAUAAUUUCAGGUAACUUGUUUUUUUUUCAAUCAUUUUGUAAAAACCAGGGUGAGAUAUACACAAGUUUCAAUGUUUUUUUUUUUUCCAUCUGCAAGAGCAGUGCACAUUUUAGCUUGCAUGCAGCUUGAGCGCCGUGAUGGGCGAGUGCGCCAAGCAUUUUAUUAUGAAAUACACUUUUUUGGGGGAAAAUACAAAAUAUUUAUCUCACACGGUAAAAAUACUGAUUUUUUUGUGAAAAUACUGAUUUUGGGAGAUAAGAAUACUGAAAAUGCAAAAUACAACUUGGCAGCUCUGCUUAAACCCUCAUUUCCACUCUUCAUCCCCUCUCUUGUUUUCCCCCAUCUUGCCCUUUCCCCUCAUCCUAUUUACCCCCAUGCACAUUUAAAGUGCUGGUGAAGUCUUUCCUUUAAAAAAAAAAAUCAUAUAAAUGCCAUUUUUUAGUGAUUUGUGUAUCCAAUUUCGAUGUACAUUGUUUUUUCUGUCUUUUGUCUAAGCUGUCAUCAGUUGAUCAUGUGAGUCACACAUGUGUGAUGUGUAUUCUGUUGAGGGAAAAUAUAGGCAGAUUUACACUGUGUUUUACAUGUGCAUCGCUCACUGAUAUUGACUAGAACAUUAGAAUACAAACUCUUCGGUGUUGGUGAAAGCACCUGUGGGUGUUUUGAGAGGUAUUUUGACAAAUGGCGAUGAUUUCAAGAUUUUUGAUUUCUAUGGUGUUGAUACACCAGCAAGAAUCCCAUGCCUUUCUAAUCCUGUUCUUAUUUUCCUUUGUUUUCUUUUUUUCAUAUUCAUUCCCCCUUUCCCCGCCUUCUUAUUCUUCUCAGUCUGCAAUUCUUCUCUCCAUCAACCCUCUAAUUCUUCCCAUCUUUUGUUUUCCCUCUUUGUUUUCCAGCUUCUUUUAUUCACAUUUCCUUCUUAACUACUUGGUCAUCUUACCUCUCUCAGUCUGCAUUCUCUCCGCAAUCGUCUUGUUCUUGUUCAUACCCUCCCCCCUCCCCCGCUAUUUUUCACCUUUUGCUCCUUUCUCCCUCUGUUUUAUAUUUCUCUCUACCUGCCACCCCCUCCCUUCCUUUCAUGCAUUUUUUUUUUUUCAAAGGUCAUGCGAGAUCACCACGGUUUGGGGGUACCUUUUCAAUUUAAUAGGGGAGAAGUGGUUUGGUGAAUUGAGGAUUUAAGGAAUGUGAGCCUUUCAUUAUCAUUACGUGUUUAUUUGUUCCACAGGUUGACCAAAAGCCCCAUUCACGUUUGAAAAAUCCAUCGAUUUAGCAUUGUUACGAGCAGACUCCAUAUUUGCAAUCAAACGUAGAUCGAAAUAAUCAAUCUCAACUUACGCAUUUUUUGUAAUUGCGUUCAGUUGUCUCUCACUGCAAUGGACCCCAGAGCGAGUGAGCCUUAUUUGUUUAAAGAAAAAAAAAAUCAAUUUUCAUGAUCAUGACAACAUAACUCGUAUAAUUGUUUUUUAAUCGUUUUUGGUCUUUUUUCCAGGGGCCGUUUCAUAAAGCUGUUCGUAGGUUAAGAGUGAUUUUAAGAACGACUGGGGAUCUGUUCUGUGGUAAAUGAUAUUCACCAUUAAAUGUAUCUUGAUGAUUAUUUAGCGCGUAAGAAAAGUUCACCACUCGUUCAUAAAGUCGCUCUUAACUUCGGAACAGUUUUAUGAAACGCCCAUUAGGAGUAAUGCUAAACCAACACAGAGUAACAUGCAGUGUAUUCAUAGAACAAUAUUGCUCGGAACCAUUACGUUUUAUUCAAAGGGUUUGAAUUAAAAACUUGCGAUUUUUCAUUGACAUUUGGAUCAAACAAGUGUGAAGCGGGCUUAAAGGCAGACAUUCCCGGAUUCAAGAGGGCGCUUGUGAUUUUGUUACGUGCUGUCCUCGCUACCGUCUUCAUGACGAAGAUCAACGUAAUUUGCGUGCAGCUGUCAAUCAUCAGCACGCACAGUACACAAACGCUGCGCUGUUUUCAGCUACAUGUACAUCGGUGCAGCUGUCCCAGACAUUUGGGCCCGUUUCAUAAAGAUUUACAACUGUUGUAACUUUGCCAUUAUGGUAACUACCGUGGCAACAGGGCUCUGCAGCCAAUCAAAAUCAAGGUUGCCAUGGUCGUUGCCAUAAUGGCAAAGUGGCACAGUGGCAGCUCUUUGUGAAACGAGCCCUAGUAUUACUUCACACAGCAAAAUAGGCGGAGCCAACAUGCUAAGAUCUUCGAACAGCAGCCAAGCCAUACGCGAACUGAGGUUCGCCCGAGUUCUGGUGGGUGUUUCAUCAAGCUGUUCGUGAGUUAAGAGCGAUUUUAUGAACGACUGGUGAUCCUUUCUUACAGUGAAUGGUAUACACCAAAAUUGGCGAUGGUUUAGCACGUAAGAAAGGAUCACCAGUCCUUCUAAAGUCGCUCUUAACGAACGAAUAGCUUUAUGAAAUGGCCCAGGCAUUCGGAACAUGGCAUUUGCGUAAGCGUCGUAUAAUGUUGAUGUUAAUUUUUUAGCUGGCGCCAUCUGCAGCGCGUAUCGAUGUCCAACCAUACAGUGCCCUCUUUGUUCCCGGGAAUGUAUUCCUUUAAAUCAUACUGCUAUGUUUAGCUCUCCUGGUGUUAGUGUAAAUAACAUACAAAAGUCUGAGGCAAGAUUGAUAAUGUUGUCAGGGAGACUAGAAGUAUAUUACUUUAUUAUUGUAAGCGAACAAUUAUUAUUGACAUGCUCACACCAUAGGGACAUGUAAUACCAUUAUAUUAAAACAUUUUUAAAGUAAACAAA